AUGUUAUAUCUAUACAAGGCUAUUGGGUUGUCACUUAAUGAACUUGAAGUCCUCGGCCUUGAUGUACAUGGUAAUCCUGUUAUUAGUUUGCAGCUAACUUAUAAGCCAGUCAGUCCCUUGACCUCUACUUUAUUUCUUUAUGUAUUAGGCUUAGUUGGGACAAUGUUUUCAGUUAAACUAUUUCGAAGAGAUUUCACCUCAGACCUUGCGUCCAAGCAUGUUCUUCGCUUUCCAAACUCGCGACCUACAUGGAAAGAAUUCUUACUAGGAGAUACAAUUAACUUUCUUAUCACCUUUGUGGCCUUCUCUCCAGAUUUCGGAAUUUACUUCUUUCAAUCCUUCCAAAAAAAAGUUGACAGAACAGCAAAUAUCAGAGAUUUCAGGUGGCGACAAGCACCCCUAGCCCCCUCAUUGCCAGUUUCGGAAAGGAGGGAAAUUGAUGAACAUGUGGAAUCCGAGGAUGAAUUAUUUGACUUCAGUGAACACGUUGGAGCCUGA